GAAUCAGAAAGCCUGGGAAGCUGGUAUUCUUAGGCCAUUUGAAGCAGAGAUGGAAGAGGGCCGGUCACGUUUGCUACAAUUACUUCACAGGUGCAUGAUCAGUGCCAGGAAAAAAGAUUUGCAGAAUAUUCCCCCAUGCAUCAAGAAAAUGAUAUUCUUACAUUUUACUGAAGAACAUGCGAGAAGUUACAAUGAGUUGGUAGAAACCGUGCGGAGGAAUAUACUAAUGGCAGACUGGAAUGAUCCUUCUCAUGUUGAGAGUUUGCUGAACCCUAAACAGUGGAAAUUCCGAAGUACUACCAUCAGAAAUGUAAGACUCUCGUGCUGUGUAGCAGGACAUAUCAGAGUGACAGAGGCAGGUGAUGAUAUUCAAGAAACUAUGGAUAUUUUAGUUGAGGAUGGUCUGGAUCCGACUUCACAGGAGUAUGCGCUGAUAAGAUAUCACCUUUUAUAUGGUGGGAAUUGCAUGAGGUGUCAAGCAUGGUGUCGUCUACCUGUGGUUACACCUUGUAAGCAUCUAUUAUGCCUUGAUUGUGUUUCUUUAAAUAGUGAGAAGUGUACAAUUCCUGGCUGUGGUAACUUGUAUGAGAUGCAAAGUCCUGAAAUACUGACGCGUCCUGAAAAUCCUAAUCCAAAGUGGCCUGUUCCAAAGGAUCUGAUUGAGUUACAGCCAUCUUAUAAGCAGGAUGACUGGAAUCCUGAUUGGCAAUCAACAUCGAGCAGUAAAGUUGCUUACCUUGUUGAAAGGUUAAAAGAAAUACAGGAAGCUAAUAGGAUGAUUAUUAACUCCAACGAGGACGGAAGUGUCGAGGCUGUUAGUGGAUCUCAUGGGAAAAGCAAUUUCAGCAAGUUUUCAUCCCAAGGGUAUUUGGUUGGGUCAUCAAAUGAUUUCUGCAAUUUAAUUCCAGAGAGAGUUAUCAUAUUUUCUCAGUUUCUGGAGCACAUACAUGUAAUUGAACAGCAGUUAGCCGUUGCUGGUAUCCGUUUUGCCAGUUUGUAUAGUCCAAUGCCUUCUGUCAACAAGGUGAAAGCACUGGCGACAUUUCAGCAUGAUGUUGACUGCAUGGCUCUAUUAAUGGAUGGAAGUGCAGCUUUAGGUCUUGAUCUGAGCUUUGUAACACAUGUCUAUUUAAUGGAACCAAUAUGGGACAAAAGUAUGGAGGAACAGGUGAUCAGUCGUGCUCAUCGGAUGGGUGCUAUACGCCCUAUUCACGUGGAAACACUGGCGAUGAGUGGCACAAUUGAGGAGCAAAUGUUGAAGUUCUUACAGGAGGCUGAUGAAGGUAGGAGUUUGUUGAAGGAAGAAUGUGGUAAGCUAGGUCAUGAUGGGGCACGAGCACCACGUACAUUACAUGAUUUUGCUGAAAGUAAUUAUCUCGCUCACCUUAACUUUGUUCGGACCAGUUCCAAGGCGUGAAGGUUCAUGUAGAACCUUGUGAACCUGCAACCUCCAAUUAGCAGCGGUGAAAACUUAAUUAUAGCCCCACGGAUUAUACUUUAUUUUGGGCGAGUACCCAUAAUUUCCAGGUAGUUGGUAGCUGAUUUGAUUUAUGGUAAUCGGUGGCUGAUUCCAUUGUUUUGAUGAACUGGCACUGGAGGAUCUUGGCUAUCAAAGACUGGCUAUCUGAUCUGCCGUACAGAGGUUGUGCCAAGACUAAUAACUCUCUUUAUGCUAUUGUAGCCCUUCCAGAUAAUUUGUCGCUACUUUUAUUCUACUGGCGCCGGAGAAUUCAGGCAUUCUAUGUGGUAACCUGAAGUUCUUCAAUGGCAUCCCACUUAGAAUAGGUAGUUGAUAUUUGUACAUGUAUUCAUCUGUUCAGAGGAAUUCCACUAGUGUUGUAUAUGCUGAAUUUUUUUUCUAUUGAAUCUUUCAUUUUUGGAAAAAAAUUCAGUGCAUCCAUGAAAUUGAAAUUGAUCAUUUUUGCUGAA